AUCAACAAUCAAUCAUUAAAUCAACAAUCUAUAUGUUAUUGAUUCAUCCAAUUGAUUAGUAGAUUUGAUUGAAAAAAAUAUAAAUAGUCUUGUUACUUUGGUUGAUUUUCAAAACAAUUACAAGUGAACCUUCAUCCAAUUAAUGAUUUAAUGAAAAAUGUUUAAUUUACAAUCAGUUAAUCAAGUAACAAUUAACCAUUUCAAUGAUGUUUACAAUAUCGAUGAGCACAAUGUUGAGCCAAUUGGUGGAGCAGCGAGAUUUAAAUCAGCAUUACAAUCAUUUAAAACUAAAUCAACUUUAACUCUGUUCAGUGGUGAUUGUUUGGGCCCAUCUUUAUUAAGUAAAUUCACCAAAGGUAAACAAAUGAUUCCAGUUUUAAAUGGCUGUCAAGUUGAUUGUGCAGUUGUAGGUAAUCAUGAUUUUGAUUAUGGGAUUGACGUUUUAACAAAGUUAAUUAAACAAACUAAUUUCCCUUGGUUAUUAAGUAAUGUAACUUAUCCUGAUGGAGUUGAAAUCGCUGGAACCAAAGUUUAUCAUGUAAUUGAAAAUUCUGGUAAAAAGUUUGGGUUAAUUGGAUUAGUUGAACGUGAAUGGAUUAGUAUAUUGUCCACCGUUAAUCCGGAUGAUAUAAAGUAUAACGAUUUCGUUGAUAUUGGCAGAAAGCUCAUCUAUCAUUUGAAAUAUAAGGAAAAGGUUGAUUAUAUUAUCGCUUUGACUCACAUGCGAAAUCCGAAUGAUAUUAGAUUAGCUAAUCAAGUACCUGGAAUCAAUUUAAUCUUGGGUGGACAUGAUCAUGUUUGUCAAUCUAUGAAAGUCAACGAUGUUUUCAUAAUUAAAUCAGGAACUGAUUUUAAAAACUUUUCUACAAUUAAUCUGAAUUUCAAUCUGGAUUCUGUUCAAUUGAACCAUCAAUUAAUAGAUGUGACCUCUAAAUUUACGCAAGAUGAACAGUUGAAAGGUCAAUUGGAAUGUUUUAAAUUGAAUAUUGAUCAACAAUUGGAUAACAUAAUUGGAUUUACUAAUUGUCCACUUGAUGGUAGAUUUAUGUCAAUCCGUCGGCAAGAGACUAAUUUGGGCAAUUUAAUUGCUGAUAUAAUGUGUUCAUCGGUUCGAGCUGAUUGUGCCAUCAUUCAUUCAGGAACAUUCAGAUCAGAUCAGAUUCACGAACCAGGGCCGAUUCAUCUGAAAGAUUUGAUCAACAUUUUACCAACCCCGGGAACUAUGGUUCUAAUUUCCGUCUCCGGUACAACGAUCUGGAGAGCGCUCGAAAAUGGUGUCUCCCUUUGGCCUCGAUUAGAGGGCAGAUUCCCUCAAGUUUCAGGACUUCGAUUCUCAUUUGAUCCUAAAAAACCUUCCGGUGAUCGUAUUGAUCCACAAUCACUCACAAUCAAUGGUCAACAAUUAAAAUUAACUGGAAAAUAUCGGCUCAUCACUAAAUUGUUUCUCUACAAAGGUAAUGAUGGUUACGAUUGUUUGAAAAACUGUCAACAAUUAAUAUCACCAGAUGAUUGCCCUGAAAUGAUAACAGCAAUUGAAAACUAUUUCCAAUCGCAAUUUAAUUUAUCGGCUCACAAUCAAUGUAACUCAAUUUAUCUUAAUUAUGAUAAUCUCACUGUUCGAGUAAUUGAAUCAAUAACUGAAAACAGAAUCAACAUAUUAACACAAAAGAAUCAAUUUUAACAACUUAAGUAAACCAACAAUUAAAUAUUUCCAUUUUCUAAUAACAAGUAACAGUAUUAAGAUCAUGUUAAUUGUAAUAAAUUGUAAUCACGCUGAGAGAUUUGAUUGAUGUAAAUUAUCAGAUUGAAGAAAUAAUAAUAAUAAUAAG